AGUCUUUUAGUACUUUGAAGCUCCGUUAAGACUUCGGAGUUGUCGUUGACCCUUCUUCUCAUCUUCCCGGAGAUGGCAAUGGCCGGUGAAUCUUCUGGUAACAGCUAUGGAGACUGUGACGGGAAGAGUCAUCGGAAGGUGGGUCUUGUUUACGACGAGACGAUGUGCAAACACGACACACCUAACGGCGAGAAUCACCCUGAGUGUCCGGACCGCAUCAGAGUUAUCUGGGAUAAGCUCCAGCUCGCCGGAGUCUCUCAAAGAUGUGUGGUUGUUGGUGGUAGCAAAGCGGAAGACAAGCAUCUCCAGUUGGUUCACACAAAGGACCAUGUUAGUCUAGUUCAGAGUUUAAGUACAAAGAAGAAAGAUUAUCGGAGAAACAGGAUUGCUUCACAGUGGAAUUCAAUUUAUCUGAAUGGAAGUUCAUCUGAAGCCGCAUAUCUUGCUGCUGGAUCUGUUGUAAAGUUGGCGGAGAAAGUUGCAGAAGGAGAGUUAGAUUGUGGUUAUGCUAUUGUCAGGCCUCCAGGGCACCAUGCUGAGCCAGAUGAAGCCAUGGGUUUCUGUUUAUUCAACAAUGUAGCAGUCGCUGCUAGCUAUUUACUAGAUGAAAGGCCUGAACUAGGCAUCAAGAAGAUUCUAAUUGUUGAUUGGGAUGUCCAUCAUGGAAACGGUACGCAGAAGAUGUUCUGGAAAGAUCCUCGUGUACUGUUUUUCUCUGUUCACAGGCACGAGCACGGAGGCUUCUAUCCAGCGGGUGAUGAUGGAUAUUAUGACAUGGUCGGGGAAGCUCCAGGUGAAGGGUUUAACAUAAACGUUCCAUGGGAACAAGGAAGAUGUGGAGAUGCAGAUUAUCUUGCCGCAUGGGACCAUAUCUUGAUUCCUGUGGCGAAGGAGUUUAAUCCUGAUAUUAUUCUGUUAUCAGCUGGAUUUGAUGCAGCUAUUGGUGAUCCACUUGGGGGCUGUCGUGUAACACCAUAUGGAUAUUCAGUUAUGUUGAAGAAGCUGAUGGAGUUCGCACAAGGAAAGAUUGUGUUGGCGUUAGAGGGAGGGUACAAUCUUGACUCAAUUGCAAAGUCUUCACUGGCAUGUGUCCAAGUUUUGCUUGAAGACAAACCAAUUCAAGGUUCUUUUGAAGCAUACCCAUUCGAGUCUACAUGGCGUGUCAUACAAGCGGUACGCAAGAAGCUGUCUGCAUAUUGGCCUUCACUUACAGAUGAAUUAUCAUCUGACCUUAUUGACCAGAAAACUCCUACUCCAAUCAUCGUCGUCUCAAGCUCCGACUCUGAAACUGAAGACUACGCUGAUGAUAUCCUGGAUCAAAUGUCGAGACUCAACAUUGAAAACCACCACGUAGACACUGUUUCCACAUCUUGGAGAAGAGAUCUCUCAAAAGUUGACGUUUGGUAUGCCUCUUUUGGAUCCAACAUGUGGAAACCAAGGUUCCUUUGCUAUAUUCAAGGGGGACAAACAGAGGGAAUGAAAAAGGUCUGCGUUGGUUCAAUGGAUAAAACUCCACCAAAGGAAAUAACGUGGGGAACAUUUCCACACAGGUUGUUCUUUGGACGUGAAUCAUCAGUUACUUGGGGUGUAGGAGGAGUUGCUUUUAUCAAUCCACUUACUGAUCUCAAUGAUCAAACUCGCAUGUGUUUCUACAGAAUCACGCUUGAGCAGUUCAACGAUGUUCUGUUUCAGGAAAAUGGCUUGAAAGUAGAUUCUGAUUCUCCGCUCUUUGAUCUAGAUACUCUGCAGUCAGUAGAGAAGAAAGGAUCCAUUCCACUUGCUUCGGGUGGUUGGUAUGGAAACGUCGUCUGCUUGGGGAAAGAAUGCAACAUCCCUAUACUUACAAUGACUUGCGCAGUAUCUGCUGUUGAGAAGUUCAAAUCCGGUGAGAUCCCUUUAAGACCUCCUGCAGAAGCAUAUGCAAACACUAUGGUAAAGGGGCUUGUUGAAGGAGGAAGAUUAUCUGAAGAAGAAGCUAAAGCUUACAUAGACAAUGCUGCAUCUAAACCUCUGUAGAUGGCAUUAUAUGACUCUUUUAAUCUUUAUCUUUAGUGUGGUGUGCUUUUGAGUUUGCUUAGGCGCAAACUAUGUAUGUAUUUUGGUUUAUCUUACGGUUUAGGCUCAACCGAGAAAUUGUAUUCUGUCUAGUUUUAUUAUGGGUUUUGUAGCCACCGGUUAUGUAAAACCAUUUUCAGAAUCAUAAACUUAUUUAUUGAAGAGAUUAGUACCCUUUAAUCA